AUGCGCCUCCAACCGUUAACCGUUGGCGUUUCUGCUGCCGCGAACUUGCAUUCGGUCGCGGCCGACCCGUUGGUAUUCCUGAACGGCCAGGUCACGGCCAUCCCAUCGUGGGACCUCCAGUCAUCAGCAGAGAUCGGUACAGAUCUUGCGGCUCUGUCGAAAACAGGUGUCGACACCUCAUCAUGGCGCCACAUCACCACAUCGAAGUGCACUCUGAUGAGCUGCCUGAUCAACGCCGGGGUUUACAGUGAGGAUGAUCUGUUCUACUCAGAAAACAUGAAGAGGGUGGAUGACAGGCAGUUCUCAGUCCCAUGGACGUACCGACAGGAGUAUUCGCUCGAACCUGGCCCUGGGAAGCACUUCUUCCUCAAGACGCAUGGAAUUACUUCACGAGCCGACAUCUUCUUGAACGGAAAGCAAGUCGCAUCAAAAGAUCAGCAAGCCGGUUCGUUUGCUGGCAAGAACUAUGACAUCACCAAGCUAGUCGCCAAACAGAAUGCUCUUGCUAUUCAGGUGCACCCUACAAGCUACUACCACGAUUUUGCUCUUGGGUGGGUGGAUUGGAACCCAUGGCCGGCCGACAACGGGACCGGCGUGUGGAGAGACGUUGAAGUCAAGCAAACGGGACCUGUAGCGCUGGAGAGCUUGCGGAUCAUCACAAAGGUUGGACCGACGGUUGAGAGACUAAAGGACCCAGCAACUGUCACGCUCAAAUCUCGUGCUGAGAAUUUGGAGGACAAACCCAUGGUUGUGACAGCUCAUGGUUCCGUCUUUGCACCGUUUGGACGGAAGGCAGCCCCGAUAACAUGGAGCAAACAGCUCACCCUUCCACCACGAUCCAUCACCGACAUCGUCCUCGAAACCACCGUGACCGACCCAGCCAUAUGGUGGCCAAAACAAUGGGGCGAUCAACCCCUCUACAGCGGAGCCCUCGCCAUCACCGUCAACAACACCCUCUCCGACUCCAUCACCCAACAAUUCGGCCUCCGCAGCGUCACCUCCAAGCUCAACUCCCACCAAGACGUCACCUACAUCGUCAACCACAUCCCCUUCCAAGUCAUUGGCGCAGGCUACACCCCCAACAUCUUCCUCCAAUUCGACCCCUCCAGAUGGGAAGCCGAACUCCAGUACGUCCUCGACCUCGGCCUCAACACCGUCCGCCUCGAAGGCAAAAACGAGCACCCCAUCCUUUACGAAAUCGCCAACCGCCUCGGGAUAUUCCUCAUGCCAGGCUGGGAAUGCUGCGACAAGUGGGAGUCCUGGUCCUACAACCACGACCUCUUCCUCAACCCACCACCAGUCUGGUCAAACGCCGAUUACACCAUAGCCAACAACUCGAUGCUCCACGAAGCAGCCAUGCUCCAAACCCACCCCUCCGUCCUGACCUACCUCAUCGGAUCAGAUUAUUGGCCUGACGCACGCGCCACACCCAUCUACCUCAACGCCCUGAAACACUACGACUGGCAGACUCCCAUCAUCGGGUCGGCUUCCAAAAGAGGGUACUCCCCCCUCACCGGCCCCUCGGGCAUGAAAAUGGAAGGACCCUACGACUGGGUCCCCCCAAACUACUGGUACGAGACCUCCCCUCCCCGCGCAGGCUCAGCUUUCGGUUUCGGGUCAGAACUCGGCGCCGGAGUGGGAACCCCCACCGUAUCCUCCCUAACGAAAUUCCUCUCCCCUUCUGACCUUGACGACCUCUGGAAAAACCCGACAAAGCCAUUAUAUCACAUGUCCCGCGAAGGAUCAGAGUUCACCACACGACAAAUCUACCACUCUGCCCUUUCCGCACGGUGGGGUAGUCCGACAUCAUUGGAGGAUUAUCUCAUGAAAUCGCAAAUAAUGGACUACGAGGCUACAAGAGCGCAGUUUGAGGCUUUUGCGGUGAAAUGGAGUGAUAGGAACAGACCGGCAACGGGAUUGAUAUAUUGGAUGCUGAAUAAUGCGUGGCCGUCGCUGCAUUGGAAUGUUUGGGAUUAUUACAUGAAGCCGGGGGGGAGUUAUUAUGGUGCGAAAGCUGGGGCUAGGAGGGAGCAUGUUGUUUAUGAUUAUACCACGAAGGAGGUUUGGAUAGUUGAUAGGACGGUUGAUGAUUUAUAUCGGGAGAGGGAGGUGGAGAUACAGGUUGUGGGGUUGGAUGGGGGGGUGAAGUUUGGGAGUUUGGUGAAGGUGGAGAGUUUGCCUAAUGGGAGUGGGAGGGUGGCGGGGUUGGGCGGGGAAGGGGCGUUGGGUUAUUUGACGGGGGGGGUGUUUUUACGGCUGGUGCUCAGGGAUGGGGAUGGGGGGGUGCUUAGUCGGAAUGUGUACUGGUUGAGUAAGGAGUUGGAUCGGUUGGAUUGGGGGGAGACGACUUGGUUUGUGACGCCGGUGGGGAGGUAUGCGGAUUACAAAGAGUUUAAUACACUCAAGGAGGCGGAGAUGACAGUUGGGGUGGAGAGGAGGGGUGAGAAAGAGGUCGUGGUUAAUUUGGAGAAUAGGGCUAGUGUGCCGGCGUUUUUUGUUGGUUUGGAGUUGUUGGAUGGGGAUGGGAAUGAUGUUUUGCCGUUGACUUGGGAGGAUAAUUAUGUCACUUUGUGGCCGGGGGAGAAGAUACGUUUGGUUGCCAAGUCGGUUGGUUCACGAGGGUGGCAGCCGGCGAGUGUUCGUGUGGGAGGUAAGAAUGUCAAGGAGAUGCUUGUCAGUGUAUCUUAG